GCCAUAACAAAAGGUGUAAACAGCAGACGAAUUAGCUCAAAGUGUUAUGUAACACGCAAAACACAGGUCAAGUCAUACAAGGCCUGUGGAAACUCAUACACACACAAUCAAACCCGAAUAGACCUGCGUUUUGUAUCGUUUUCCCGUUCGCCAAAAUGGCCGUCAACGGUGUCUUUCCAACUUUCAUUUUCUUAUCAUUCCUGUGGAAAGGAGCACAGGCCUACUGUGGUUACUGUGUGUACAACUAUUGGUACUUCUGGACCGGCCUUGUCUUCUCCAUCGUCUUCCUGUGUGUGAUCUUGUUGUCAUGGUGCUGCUCUUACAAGAACAGGAAGAGACAACGGGUCGCUACAAUCUCAGUCAACGGUAAUUGUCGACUUGGCCAACAGGCGAGGCCUUCGAUGGCAGGCGCGGGUCCAGCCUAUCCAAGUGGCCCCGUGCAACCCCCGCAGCAAAUGCCCGUCAAGCCGCCGGAUUACUACAAUGGUCCCCCACCAGCUUAUCCGGCGACUACGAAUAACGCUUGGAACGGCCCACCACCAGCAUAUCCCGAGCAGGCCUAUCCGAUUCCAGGGGGCCAAUUCAUGCAGGCGAACCCGGCUUACAUGCAGCCCAUGCCACAACCGAUGACCGCCACACCGGACUACCCACAACAGCAGUUCCCGGCCGUGACAGACCCUGCGUAUCCACCGUCAUCUGCGAGAUAUUGACGGCAAUCUACCAAGGAACGGCUUUUUAAAUGUGAUUUUAGACUGUUUACGAGAAUCUGAUGGUGCACCGUGACAAGUACUCGAUGCAUCUGCGUCUGUGGCUAGGGGCAUUUCUGAAGUGCGACUGAAUCCCCACUUACUCUCAGAGCAUUUCAAAGGAACUAUUUUCAAGUGACGGUAACUGUUACGUUGUUGACCACGUGACGAUAACGAGAGCAUGAAUGUUCGAAUUUGGCGUUCCGGAAGGGCGGCACCUAAGAAUGUUUAUCUAACUGUGAUAUAUUUAAUAGUAUUUUUUAUAUUAAAUGCUAGCGAUCCCCUGUUUCAUAUAUAUUGCAUGAUUUUAUACGGCUAU